AUGGCUUUUUCCUCUUCUCAACAAAUUUCAAUCGCCGUUUCCGCGUGUACGCUCGUCUUGGCUAUACUCUUCGAUCAAAUAGGAAAGAGAAGGAGGAGGAAUAGACUAAAGAAUGAUCAAAAGAAGAAAGUUAAAGAUUGUGGAGCGUUCGUGGAGAUCGUAGACAUCCCGUGUCCUCCGCCGCCGGAGAAACACGUCGUUCGGAAAUUGGCCAAUUUGAAGUUUGUCCUGAAAGAUAUCUUUGAAGUGAGUGGGAGAAAGGGUGAGAACGAUUCGUCGUGCGGGUUCGGGUCGCCAAAGUGGAAAGAGUUUAUGAAAGAAAAGAGGGAAAAUAGCAAUAGCAACGGAAACAACGCCGGCGUGCACAGAGUGAAAAACGCAGCCAUAAUGGAUAUGUUGUUGAAAAACGGCGCUUCCUUGGUCGGCAUCACCCACAUGGACGAGCUCGCCUACUCCAUCGACGGCCAAAAUGAACACUAUGGAACGCCAAUAAAUCCAGCUGCCGAUAAGAGAUUACCGGGUGGUUCGUCCUCAGGAUCGGCAGUCGCUGUUGCAUCGAGACUGAGAGACUGCGAUUUUGGCAUUGGAACUGACAGCGCGGGUUCCGUGCGCGUGCCGGCGGCAUAUUGCGGCGUGUAUGGCUUUCGCCCGUCCCACGGGAUGGUUUCCACGAAGGGAUGUCAAGAUUUUGCCAAGACGUUCGAUACCGUCGGAUGGUUUGCCAAAGGCUCAAAAACAUUGAAAGAUGUCGGUGACGUCCUGUUAAAGCCCGCGGACGAUGAAAAAUACGGCAUCAAAGAACCGAAGCAGUUUGCCAUCCUUACGGAUUUGAUGAAACUGGCUGAUCCGCAAGGUUCAGCGGCAGUAGCUAGUGCUUUGAAAGCGUUCGGAUAUGACGAUAGAUACGCGGGCAAGGUUUCAAAAUUAGAUUUAGGCGAACGAUUGAAAAUGUUAUGUCCGAGUUUACGAACAGAUACGAGUGGUAAGACGGGUUUAGAGUUGAUCAGGGACAAGAUGCACGCCACGAUGGGUUUUGAAAUUCACGAAGCUUUGAAAGAAUUUCUCGCCUUUCUUGAAAAACAGGAUGGCAGCGAUCAAGCUACUGCUACUGCUACUGCUACCAUCUCGAACAAGACGACGACGACGACGACGACGAGUGGUUUAGGAAAAUUCACCGCGCAACGGAUCGAAAAUGCAAAGAAAAUAACCGAGCAGGAUUACGAAAACUUGAUGAAAGUGAGAGGUGAAAUCCGAGAAGUUAUGGAUCAAAUCAUGGAUAACGGAACGGUUUUGAUCUUCCCAACCGUCCCGGGCGUCGCUCCAAUGCGUGAAGGACGCUCGGAAGAAGAAGUUCAAGCGUGGAGGAUGAAAACAUUCCAGUUUUUAGCGAUAGCCUCCUUUUGUGGAUUGCCCCAAGUCGCCAUUCCUUUGCGGUAUCCCGACGCGGAAGGACCGCACUCGGUUUCCCUCCUCGGAGGAUUCCAAACCGAUAAGAUGCUUCUCGAGUGCGCUUUUAGAUAUUCAGCGCAAAUGCAGGAGCACUUCCCGAAUUACGUGAUCACGGAAAUGAUGAAAAGCAAUCCGGCUCCGAAAGUCCCGGGCGAAGAGGAGAAAGUGAAUGGAAACAAAGCGUUUGCGGAAGGCAAAUACGAAGACGCGAUAUCGUGGUACGACAAAGCGCUCGAAAAGAAAAAGUUACCGGCAUAUUACGCUAACAGAGCUUUAGUGUAUCUGAAAAUGGGCAAAAUGGAAGAAGUCGAGAAGGAUUGCACAGAAGCGUUGGAGAUGGACGGUAAAUACGUAAAGGCGUACUUGCGAAGGGCGAAAGCGAGAAUGAUAUUAGGCAGCUUUUUAGAAGCCGCGAUGGAUUACGAGGAAGCUUUAAGGUUAGAGCCGACCAACAGAGAGGCGAGGAGCGAGAUGGCGAACAUGCAAAAGCACUUAGAAAGUGGGGCCAUGGACGCGUCCAUGCCGAAAGACGAUUUGGAAAUAGCUAGAAGUUUCAUUUAA